AUGCGCUGGAUAUUCCCCGUGCCAGUUCUUCUGAUGUCCUGGUUUGGAGUGGACCAAGUAAAAGCAAACUCGUGCAUCAGAACUGCAUUAUGGGCACUAUGUCUCAGCCCCCUUGUUCAGGCGGAAUGCCAAACCCGCACCAUAUACUGCUACGAGUGUGACAGUUGGACAGACUUCCGGUGCAAAGACCCGUUCAACUACACCGCCCUGCCCAGAGACCAGCCGCCUUUACAGACUUGCAACGGCUGCUGCGUCAAGAUGGUGCGAUAUUCAAAAAGUCCAUACGAGGUCGUCAGGCGCACGUGUACAUCGCAAUUACAAAUCAAUUUGUUCAUGGUGGACCACGUUUGUAUGAUGGAAAGUACAGGCACUGGUCACAUGUGUUUUUGCGAAGAGGACAUGUGCAAUGCGGCGGCGACUGUCGACAUCACACUGGCGCUGGUCGCGGCACUAACCUUGCUAGCAUGUGCAUGUUGCAGGUGA